AUGCGUCUCUAUGCUGCAUAUGUGCCGCUGGCACUGCUUUUCAAGGCGCAGAGCGUCGUCGCCGGAGCCUGCAAUGCGGAUAACUGCGCUCGCGCUGUGACGGGCACGCGUCGUGGCGAUGCUUUUGGCACGUCGGCCAAGGCGGACUGCAGUAGCUUCAUGACCAAGACUGUGACGGGCAGCGCCGUUACUGUGACAAACACUGUGACUGUUACCGAGAUUCCCAAGGGUACUGUCACUGUCUAUAAGCGCGCCGACCCGACGGUGCCAACCUAUGCGUCUGCAUGCUCGGGAACGAGUCGCUACUCGAGCGCAUGCUCAUGCUGGGGCAUCACAGCCAGUACCCUGACUGUCCAUCCUACUUCUGUCGUCACCGCCACCGUCACCGUCACUGGGGUCCCAGGCCCGACUUACACGCCACCAGUCCCGUCUAGCUACGACGGCUGUGUCUACCAGCCCAGUGACUCUGGUGAUUUUGAUCUGCUCGAUCCAAACUCCGCGCUUCCGAUCAUAAAGAGUGGCGACAUUGCAAUGGUUGUCCAGGAGGUCACGGACCCUUGGGUGCCCGUUCGUUACAAGACAGUGAAGCCAUCCAACGCGCCAGAUGGUGUCUUUGACCUUCAAUUAGUCGCCGAUGGUGCACCUCAGUAUCUCGCCAUUUACAAGUCAGGCAAAGUCGGCUUCGUUGGCACCAGCUCCAACGGCCAAACCUACACUGGCUCCGGCGACGACAAAUACGUCACAACCGCUUUCUCUUUUACCUGCAAGGGCCGCCUCACUGCCGGCAUCGUCGGCGGCAGCGAGUUCCACUUCUCCAUCACGCCCGACUUCCACGUCAUCGUCACCACCGGUGGCGCCUCCAAGACCAAGCGCGACAUUCCCGUCCCCGAGGGCUUCUACGUGAUUCCGGCCAACAUCCCCGCCGCGCCUCCCGGCGAGCGCUGCCCCUCUGGCCAGACGGCCGUCUCCAACGGCCUGUCCCCUAGCGCCAACGGCUGCGGCGCCAAGGACGGCAUCAAGGUGCCCGACCUGUCCUUCGGCGAGUGCUGCAACAACCACGACAUCUGCUACGGCACCUGCAGCGAGCAGUUUGGCCCCUGCAACAAGCAGUUCCUCGGCUGCAUGGUGCAGUCGUGCGCCAAGUUUGCGCCUAUCCCCAAGCUCUUCCUCGCGUGCAACGGCGCAGCGGCCUCGUAUUACCUCGCCGUCCAGUUCUUUGGCAAAACGGCCUUUUCCGACGCCACCAAGGAGCUGUGCGAGUGCAAGUGCGAGGACAAUACCAAGACGGCGUGCGGCGACAAGUGUGUCGACACCAGCACCGAUCCUGACAACUGCGGGAGCUGCUAUUUCCAUUGUCCUUCUGGAGCCUGCACCAACGGUGCGUGUUCCUUCAACUCCUGCACGGGAAGCACCUGCGGCGCAUUUGGUUCCUGCGGCCCAGGAGGCAGCUGCGUCUGCGCCUCCAUCACUGGAGGUCUGGGCUUCUGUGUCAACGGCAACACUCCAUGCAGCGGACUGGCCGACUGCGGUUCCAGCGCAGAUUGUCCUCUGGGCAGCGUAUGCGCUGUGGGUACCUGCUGCCAGCGCAACGUUUGCAUUACGACAGACGCUUGUGGUGGACUACAGAAGCAGCAGAAGCGUGGCUGGCUAAAUGCCACGAUUGGCGAGCCGACAAGAUGGGUGGAAAGCUUUUAA